GUCUGGGGCAAGCGGCUGCGGACUCGUGGCCGCUGGUGUCCCGGGGCUGGCGCGCCGCGCACCUGGCCGGAGACUGCGCCUCCGCCUCUGCCUCCGCCCGCGCGCUUGGUCCGGGCGGAGCCGAUCCCCGAGCGUCACUGCACCCCAGCGACCACGCACGGCGGGGACCCGCGCGCAGGACGGGCGCACCGAGUUCUCUCCGCUUCCCGCGCGAAGCUCAGACUGGCAAGAUGGGGCCCGGCUGCCCGCGCGCUCUCGUCCUCCUGCUGCUGCUGCUGCUCGCCUGGCCCGAGUCGCGGGCUUCCCAGAACUGCCUGAGCAGACAGCAGCUCCUCACCGCGGUGCGCCAGCUGCAGCAGCUGCUCAAGGGGCAGGAGGCGCGCUUCGCGGAGGCCAUGCGCAGUGCCCGGAGCCGCCUGGCCGCGCUGCAGAGCUCCGUGGGCCGCCUGGCGCCUGACGCCCCGCCAGCCUCCUGCCCGCCCCUGAACGCCCCUCAGGACGGCAGGAAGUUUGGAAGCAAGUACUUAGUGGACCACGAAGUCCAUUUCACCUGCAACCCAGGCUUCCGGCUGGUAGGGCCCAGCAGCGUCGCGUGUCUCCCCAACGGCACCUGGACAGCUGAGCAGCCCCGCUGCAGAGGGAUCAGUGAGUGUGCCAGUCAGCCUUGUCAACAUGGUGGGACGUGUGUAGAAGGAGUCAACCAGUUCAGAUGCCUCUGUCCUCCAGGAAGGACUGGGAUCCGCUGUCAGCAUCAGGCCCAUGCUGCGGCCCCCGAGGGGGACACGGCCGGCGACCCCGCCUUCAGCCGCGCGCCCCGCUGCGCGCAGGUAGAGCAGGCGCAGCACUGCAGCUGCGAGGCGGGAUUCCACCUGAGCGGCGCGGGAACCGGCGACAGCGUGUGUCAGGACGUGAACGAGUGCGAGCUGUACGGGCAGGAGGGGCGCCCCCGGCUCUGCAUGCACGCGUGCGUGAACACCCCGGGCUCCUACCGCUGCUCCUGCCCCAGCGGGUACCAGACUCUGGCCGACGGGAAGAGCUGCGAAGAUGUGGAUGAGUGUGCUGGCCAACAGCAUCUAUGCCCCCGGGGGACCACAUGCAUCAACACCGGGGGUGGCUUCCAGUGCGUCAGUCCCGAAUGUCCUGAGGGCAGCGACAACGUGAGCUAUGUGAAGACCUCUCCCUUCCAGUGUGAGCGAAACCCCUGCCCCAUGGACAGCAGGCCCUGCCGCAGUACGCCCAAGACCAUCUCCUUCCAUUACCUCUCUCUGCCCUCCAACCUGAAGACGCCCAUCACGCUCUUCCGCAUGGCCACAGCCUCAGCCCCCAGCCGAUCGGCACCCAAUAGCCUGCGGUUUGGGAUCGUGGGUGGGAACAGCCGUGGCCACUUUGUGAUGCAGCGCUCCGACCGGCAGACAGGGGAGCUGAUCCUCGUGCAGACCCUGGAGGGGCCUCAGACGCUGGAGGUGGAUGUGGACAUGUCGGAAUACCUGGACCGCUCCUUCCAGGCCAACCAUGUGUCCAAGGUCACCAUCUUUGUGUCCCCAUAUGACUUCUAAGGGUGCCACGGGGAGCACAAGGGUGCAGAGAUCUGGGCUGAUUUCUCAUCCCCCAAGGACUCAGUUGGGGACACACACUGUGACAGACAUCUCUCUGCUGUGCCUGGUCCUUGCCCAGACUUCUAGUGCAGUGUCACACUGUCCCAUGGGGUGACACAGAAACUCAGACUUCCACCAUCAUGGUUUCGUUCGUGGCACUGUAGUCUGAGUGAGUGGGGGAGGGAGACCUGGGAGUGCGCCUGACGCGACGGCGGUCCUGCUGCUCUGCUCUAGCCAAGGCUUGUGGACGAAGUGCCGCGAGCUACCUGAGGGUCCAGCCAGGCCUCUGCACGCUGAUGUCAGAGGCAGUUCCCCCCGCGGUGGGCAUGUGGCUCUCGUCCACACCUGUGUGACACACCUGCCAGCCUUCUGAACAGAGAGCGCAGGAGAGCCUAUCAGCCACACACAUCCUUCAGAUGAAGGGCCUGACAGGAAAGCAUGGAUUCUGCCUAAAUCAUGUCCCUUUGGGGACACUGUAUCUCAAGAACCUAAUUUGGUAUUCUACGUGAGGAAAUAAAGUCAGUAGCUCUCCCUGCCUGGCUGCCGCCCCAGCAGGAUAGUCCAGUUCCUCUGGGAGGCGACAGCUGCUCUCCUCUUCCUGUCUGGGAUGGAUGGGCCCGAGUAAGUGAGCAGGACAGCGCCAAGGUCAUGUUUGGGGCUGUGUGACUGGUCUGAAGUUUUCUUGGCCAUGUGGGAGAUGGGUAAGGACAUUUGGCCAUGGAGAGUUUAGGAAAACGGUCACGUUGCCCUUGGCCACCUUCUUCCGAUGGUAGAAGGCAGGGACAAUGUCUUCCAUGUAACUGAAAGAGGAAAACCGGCCAGGGCAGAGUGUGGGGUGGAGUGAGGGACGGUUCAGGUUAAAACAUCAUGGCUGCCUUUGUUGUGAGGGAGGCUUAACAUGCAAACACAUGUUGAUCUACUAGGGGGACUUCUGCUUCGUAUUUGUCCUGGUAUGAGAUGGAGGCAAGGAAGUGUGUCAACAGCCGAAUGGUCAAACCCCAGAUAAAAUGGUUUCUGGGAUGGCUUAUCCUUGUCAUGUUUGGUGGGAAAAAGGAGACAUAGUCAAAAAUUGCUUUUGAAAUUUUCUUCUCCUUCCCUGGACUGAGCUGGGACUUAAUGA